AAAAAAGAAAAAGAAAACCCUCAUUUCCAUGUUCCUAUGAGAGGAGUGUAGCUCUUAUUUUAGCCAUACACAAAAGGUUAGCAAAUAACGGUUGCACUCUCUACAUCGCCAUGUCGUCGUCUUCUUCCCAUGCAUCAUCGUCAGAGAGUCACUGCUUUGAGGCCCUAUUAGGUUCUCUUCGUCCCUUCCUCCGCGGCGAGCUUGAAAAGGUAAACAUGAACCUUCCUUCUCUUAUCUCCCUCCUCCGCUCUGUUGGCGCCGGGGAGUGUUGGCACAAGCACAGCACCUUCCUAGAUCACCUCGUUGAUACUUACCGUAUUCUCAAAAUCUGGAAAGCACAAGAGUCGGUUUGUUUGUGCGGUUUAUUCCACUCAGCUUAUUCCAAUUCCUACACCAAUCUCGCAAUUUUCGAUCAUUCCAUUGGCCGUGAUGUUGUCCGUGGACAUGUCGGAGCGGCGGCAGAGAGAUUGAUUCAUUUGUUCUGUACCAUCCCUCGACAUCAACUAAUUCAUGAUGAUCUUCUUUUUCGCUACUCUGAUUCAGAACUCGUCGAUCACCUCAAAUUUUCUGACACAUCGCUGAAGAAUGCCCUGGAAAACGGAUAUUUCAACAACGAUGAAACGUGGAGGAAGAAACUGCAGUCAAUUCUUCCCGCUGAUGGCGUAACCGUAAAGCACAUCAAAACUGGAGAAGACGUAAUGAUUUCAAGGCGGGUAGUUGCAAUUUUUCUCAUGUUGACAAUAGCUGAUUUCAGUGAUCAAUUCUAUGAAUUCCAAGAUUCCUUGUUCGAAAACUCCAACGGACGUCUCGAAUUCAUAGGUAACAAUUACAAAACUCUCUGGCCUGGAAACGGAAAGCCUGGACUAUGGAUGAACUCUGCAUCAAGAAUGGGAGCGAUAUACUCCCUAAUCGUGAGAGAGGAAGCAAUUUUAGUUGCACACAGAAAGAGAAACGUCGAAUUAGGGUCAAAAACAGAGAGUUACGAGGAUUUAGAGCUGGUAAUCCCUCUAAUUUUUGAAAACUGUACGAGAAUUCUCGAUGCAAAGGAUCAAAUUAUAGCAAGAGAUUUGUAUUGGGAAGCUGUUUGUGAAAAAUCUGAAAGAAGUGAGGAGUUAUUGCUGAGAUGUGUGGAGAAGAAUCCAUUUGUUGGGGAGCCACAUGUGGCAUUGGGGAACCUAUAUUUGGGUGAGGGAAGAUUUGAGGAGGCUGAAAAGGAGGUUGAAGAAGGGCUAAGGCUUUUGUUAACAUGGGGCAGUGCUUGGGACAAGAGGAUGCCAUGGGAGGGAUGGAUUGCUUGGGGGAGAGUGUUGUUGAUGAAGGCUAAAGAGAGGAAAUGGCUCAACACAUCAUGGGGAAUUCUCAACUUGGGUCUUGUAAAGUAGACAAACUAAUUGAAUCAAACUUAUGAAUUGUAUUCAUAAAUGGUUGUUUGUGCUCUAUCAUUUGUGUCAGAUUAAACUAUUGAUAAGUUAUACCAACUUGACUAAAAUCUUCAAGGUUUGAAUAUCUUAUUUUAAAUGUUGUGUUGAGUUCAAAAAUAAAAUUACAAUAUUGAUACAUCAU